GUAGAAGUAGCAAUCUUCGCCUCCUCUUCUGGAGCUGGAGACAAGCGACUUGGAGGCUUCGACAGACAGAGAGAGAAUCCAAUAGAUCUAUAUGCACUGACAAAGAGCAACUUUGAAGAUGGCGUCAAAGUCCAUACAGGUCCAUCAGAAAGACAUGGAUGUCACUCGCGGUUGCCCAGGAUACGAAGGCGCACUGCAAGGCAAUUGGAACGGCAAUGUUUCCUUUGGUGACGCUACGGUACUUCUUCCAAAGACCAUGGAUGAAUUGUGCCGCAUGGUCCGAGACGCCGAUCAGCUUCCUGUUCGGGUUGUAGGACGAGGUCAUUCUUUCACACCAUUGGCCCUAGGAGGUACCAUUCUCUGUUUGCAGCACCUGAAUCGUAUCCUGGACUAUCGACCGCCGUCAUCCAAGACGGAUGGAUUUAUUACGUGUGAAGGUGGUACCACCUACACUGAAGUGAUUCAGUUUUUGAACCAACAAGCACCACAAGAGCGAGGAGCACUGCCCAAUUUGCCCUCGUGCCCACAAUUCACAAUUGCUGGAGCCAUUGCCACUGGGACUCACGGUUCGGGCAUUCACAUUCACAAUUUAUCGGCACACGUGUCCAUGCUGGAGUUUGUUCAGGCCAAUGGGAGUCUUGUACGCUACGAUCGCAGUGAUCCAAGCACCCAAGAUAUUUUGAAAAAAUGUCGCAUUCAUCUAGGUUGCUUGGGUGUCAUUAGUCGACUGACAUUGGAUAUUGUGCCCUAUUAUUCGGUAGAGGCGGUUCGGUACGACGACAUUCCUCUAGAAACUGUGAUUGCCAACCUUCCCGAAUGGUGGACACGAUGUGAUUCUUUGUCCGUGUGGACGUCUGGGUUUGGAAAGGGCGUGGGCAAGGGAACCUGCUGGGCUACGUUUCGUCGGUUUGUGGUCGAAGAAGCAAAAAAGGAUGACGACGACGAUGCUCCAGCAGUCGACUUGCCAACCUUUUUGACACCGCAAGAGCUAGGCGACAAGGGCCACGUUUGUAAUAGAAGUAUCCCUCGGUAUUGCACUGACCCUCGGCAACCCGAAGGUUUUGUCCCCACUGGACGAGGUCCCUGGUACGAUUAUUUGACCGUCACCAUGGAUGGGGGGAAGGAAACUUGUAUGACUACAAAAGACUUGCAGGCAGAGUUCUUUGUGCCGCUGCGGUAUGCACAGGCGGCAUUGCGAGCCGUGUGGGAUGCCGCUCGUGAGGUGUCCUUUAGUCCUCCCUGGGGAUAUCAGCCAACGAGUGCCGACAAAGAACCGCCGCAACGAGGCGUGAUUGAUGCCAUGGAGUUUCGACAAGUCAAAGCUGGAGAUGGGGCAUGGCUGAGCCCGCACAAUGAUCAGUACCCGGCAAUAAUCAACGACAAGGAUUAUGAUGAUGAUGGCGAAACUCAACCAGGCAAGAGCUGUUCAGCCCUGUUGGGGAUUCACAUGAGUUUCAACGGGGAUCCAGCAUUACGAAAUGACAUUCUCAAAACCUAUCUUCCGCGGAUCGAACAAGCACUGGAGCCUUUUGGUGGGCGGCCGCAUUGGGGAAAGCUCUCCACCAACUAUCGAUAUUCUCACGUGCAGACAGUCUAUCCCACCGAGGCACUGGAACAGUUCCAAAGUCUCUGUCAGAAGCAUGAUCCCACGGGCAAGUUCCGCAAUGAGUUUAUCCAGCGAGCCUUGUUUGGAGAAUAAUCGAUUUUUCGAGACGGAACCAAAUGUGCAGGGGGGACCUACAAAUCCGGGGAGCCACUCUACAAGCCACAAGCCAGCUCUACACUUGUUGUGUUUUCUUGAGCAAGCGUCAUAAUACCGUAGUACACAACGGUAAAGCACAUGGCCAUUCCGGGCGAGACGAGUUCCGAGUGGCGCAAUCCAUCUACUGUACCACCACCGGGUAACUUCUUCACUGCAUCCUUGGGCCAGUUUCGUUUGUGGCUGCCAUUCACCACAUCGUUGCGGUUGCUCCUCCUGUAUCAUUACGAUGCUGUAGCCAGUAAAACCUAGGUCAGCCACUCUUGCUAAACA